AGACCGUUUAGUACGUUCAAUCGGCUCGCCCGGCCGAGUCCUGCGCCGCCGCCGCGUCCAAGUCCAACUUCCAUCGCCGAUGCCGCCGCCACCCGCACGCCGAGAAAACGCGAUACGCCACCACCACCACCACCACCACCACCACCACCACCACCACCACCACCACCGACGCUCGUCCUCCGUUCACCCCGUCAACUACCCCGUCACCGCCACGCGACGACGACUCACCCUCUGCCUGGGUCCGUACCUCGUGUCCUCGCCACAGCCGGGUCCGCCGCCACACGGCCGCCGGGAGCACCGACGCCACCACCGCUGCGCCACCACACGGCAAUGAUCGCGCCGCCCGGAACUAUGCGCCAGAUGCGCAAAUCGUAAUGCGAAGAUGGUGUGUUCCGAAUGUCCAAUGGUCCCAGUUGGUGUUGUGCGCGACCGUGCUGUUCCUGCUGGGCGGCCUGCACAUCUACAGAGGCCCCAACGGCGGACCGCUGCAGGCUUUGGACGAGGUGGCCGACGACGAGGACACGUCCGGUUCCGCCCGGACGACCCAAGACGACCGGGCGUACCGGAGGCUCAGGUUUCCGAAGACCAGCAGACGGUUGCCUCAGGCGAUCAUCAUCGGUGUGCGGAAAGGCGGCACGCGGGCGCUGUUGGAGAUGUUGUUCCUGCACAAGUCUGUGCAAAAGGCCAACGGCGAGGUGCACUUCUUCGACCGGGACGACAACUACGAACGCGGCCUGGACUGGUACAGAAGGCGAAUGCCGUACUCGUUCCCCAACCAGAUCACCAUUGAAAAGAGUCCCAGCUAUUUCGUGACACCAGAGGUACCAGAACGCAUCAAGGCGAUGAACUCGAGCAUUAAGCUGCUUCUCAUCCUCAGGGAUCCCGUGAUCAGGGCCAUAUCGGAUUAUACGCAGUUGCACAGCAACCCAUUGGCGAACCGGAGCAGUAGGUCGUUCGAGCAGCUGGUGGUGAAGCCGGACGGCACGGUAAACACCAACUACCGGCCGGUGUCCGUGUCCACUUACCAUAACCACGUUUACCGGUGGCUGGACGUGUUCCCCAGGGAACAGUUGUUCGUGGUCAACGGCGACCGGCUCAUCACCAACCCCGUGUCCGAGCUGAACCGCAUCGAGACGUUCCUGGGCCUCGAGCACAGGAUCGGCGCCGACAACUUCUACUUCAACCGGACCAAAGGGUUCUACUGUCUGCGGUACGGGCCUGUGGACAAGUGCCUGAAGGAGACCAAAGGCCGGAAGCACCCGGACGUCCGGCCGUCGGUCGUGGCCAAGCUCCGGGAACACUUCGGCCAGCACAAUCAGAAGCUGUACGACGUAUUGGGCCAAGACUUCGGGUGGCCGGAGAAGUAGCGAACGGGUUCGAUGUGGAGUGGGUGAGGGGGACGAGUGCAGGUGUCACGGUGACAUCGUUUUUUUAAAAAUGUUUUUCGUUCUUUUGGAGUUUUGUAUACAGGGAUACUAUAUAUAUAUAUAUAUAACAUUAUAAAUAUUACUAUAACGUCACAAUAUAAUAAUUACCUACCUAUGUACUGACCGCGACUAUAUCGCGAGCCGCGAGCGCUUCGCUUUCUGUACAUGACUUAAAGUGUGCCGCUCGAUUUGUUCUUCUUAUCACAUGAAACGAAACGUUUGAACACUGCCAUGCUCAUACUACAUGCAUAUAUAUAUAUAUUAUAUUAUAUUAUAUACUGAGGGUGAGGAAUGGUGAACGAGGAAAUGGUAGGGGGCACGCCGUGCGAGUUUAAAUCGUUUUCCUUCAAAACUGCACCAAAUAUUAUAUUUUACGAGACGAGUCUUAUAAUAACUCGACAAAGAAAAUUUCGAUACCACGAUGAUAAUAUUAUUAUUAUUGUCGAAGCGUUUGAGGAGAGAGACGAAUUAUUUUACGAUACGAACCAAUUGGUUUCGGAAUCACCCGUACUUAACCACACGUGGCAUAAUCUUCAGUAGGUACCUUAAUAAUAUAUUAGGACACGUCCACACUCAGUUAACUUUUUUCGUUUACCAUAUAAACAUAAUAUACUAUUAAAGUAUUGCGAUAUAUUUUUUUUCAUUUUAAACGAUUUUAUUUUUUGCGUGCGAAUGCUAUUCAUUCCACCGUAACGUGAAUACGCAUUUACGAACAUAUUGUAUGUUAUACAUUGAAUUUUUCUUCCUCGUCGGGCGAUUUCGUGUCGUCCGAUAACUUUAGAUUUAAAAUUUGAAUCUAAAUUCAAACAAUAGUAUUAUAUACGUGGUGCUCGAUCGCCCGUUUUCGACAUUGCGGUCCAACAGAUUUCCUCGUCGUCUUUCGUCUGAAUCUGCUGUGAGCCGUCGUUUCUUUACUACCCACACACCGCGUGGAUGUGAUCUCACUGAAGUCAAGAAUGAACGUAACAAAUUAGUGUUUUAUUUUUAUUUCCAUGCUCUCCCAGUGCUCUCUCUCUCUCUCUCUCUCUCUGCAUCAUUGCACAAAUUCGACCGACAUAUCAAAUAUUAUAUUGUGUAUACUAAAUCAAAACAUUAGUAUUCUCUCGUACACACCUACGCGUAAGAUUAGUUUGUUAUCUUUUUUUAUCUGUCUUUUUAAAAAUAAUUGUUCGUUGAUAAUAAUAUAUGUUAUACUCCUAACGAAAUGUUUUAACACUAUCAUUAUUAUUAUUAUUAUUUUAUUUUUCACGACCGAUUUACGAUUGACAUCGACUAUUCCCGCCUAUUGUACUACUCUACUAUAUUCCCACGAACGCAAUAAUUUCAGUGGUAGGCGAAACAACGUACAUUUUAUAUUGCAUAUUAUGUUGCUUUGUCCGCUAUACGGCCACCGACGUUAACAUUUUAUAGUUAUUUUCACGAAAGCACAACUGCUGGAAACGAUCUGCGGAAAGAUUAAUACGUUUCACACGUGCAAUAUUAAUUUUACUAUCAUUGUUGGAUAUAAUAUUAUAUAGUAUCGUUUAUAGACUGCCAAAGUUGUUUCGUUGUCAAACCAGCUGCCAUAUUCCCAGUUACGAUAUUUUAUAAUGACCAUGAUAUAGGAGUUUAACUAUCUUGAAAAACACCUUUGCCGAGUUGAUUGCAGUCGUGGGGUGGAAAGAAAAUAAUAAUAAUAAAAAUAUAAUUACUUUACGUACCUUAAUGCGUUUUAAUAAUAGUACAAAAUAUGUAUGAAAGAAGAAGAUAUAUAUAUAUAUAUAUAUGCAUGCAUGCUCCACACAUUCUCCUCUGGCCUUUAGGAUCGUAGUGAAGUCAACACGAUGGUAGCUGAGGAGAAAGAGGCAUUAUUAUAUUAUCAUAGUGCAUUAUUAUUACUUACCUACUACUUUUACAUAUUUCAAAUUUUCAAUGAGCAAUAAUGACUUUCUUUUCGGAUGGUUGAUUAAUUAUUUACUUACGUAAUAUUGUUAUAUAUAUAUAGGAAAAAUACUAUGUUAUGUUAUAGUAUAUAUUUAUAUAUGUAUUUUGUUCGUUACGAUUAUUAUUAUUAUUAUUAUUGUUCUUUUUUUUUUUUUUUUUAAACAACGAUCAUAUCAACUAUAGACUUUUUUCGUGUAUUUUGUAAGUCGUUUAUAAUAUUAUAUUUUAAGUAACUUAAAACAUAUCAAUGUUUGAAACGUAGCAUGAUUAUUAUUAAUAAUAUUACUAUCGUUAAGAGAAAAUUAUAAAUUGUAUUUGUAUUAUCGUCGUAAGGGACACGGGGACAGAAGUCGAAAGGAUUUGUGUGUGUCGCUUUUUCGUCGUCGUUUCCCCGUUAUAUCAACAAGUCAAUCGUGUUUAUCGUUAUAAUAUAACAUAUUAUGUUUAUAUGAACUACUGUAAUUGUAUUUAAAAAAAAAAAUUGUAAAUGAUUUUUUUAUCGUUUUACCACCAACGCGAUUACGUCUUCAUCGCUGUCACACAGAAAUCCUAGCGACACGUGACCUUAUCUAUAUGUCUCGUUAUCCGUGCAUUGUACCACGUAUACAUAUCAUAUCAUAUUAAUAUUAAUAUAUAUUGUACCAUAUACAUAUCAUAUAAUGUACCAUAUACAUAUCAAAUAAUGUACCAAUACCGUGAAAACGAUUUGGACUGAAAAACAAUGUUUACUAAACAAAUACAUAUCAUUUUGAUUAGGUAGCGUUUACUAUUAUGUAACUUUAUUGUACUUGUAUUUGAUGUAUUUUUUAUUUUUACCGUUAUCGUAAAAUAGUUUAUUGUUAAGUCGAUUUAUUUAUAGAUAAAUUUCUUAGAAUAAUGUACAAUUAUUGUGGUACUACAGGUGGGCCGGGGAGCGUAAUAUAAUAACAUAAUAUAUCCAUAUCAAUAUCAAUAUCCAUAUCAAUAUAAUUAUCGUUAAAUGACUAUUGGACAGCUGACUAUAUAGUACUACUGAUGUCAUCCCGACAAAUAACUUGCUCAUAUUUUACAAUGUUAUCAAUGAAAUAUAUUAUACAAAAAAUAAUAUUGGUGACGUUUAUUUAGAUAUGGUUGAUGGACUGCAGUGUGAAUUAAAUACAGUAUCGAUGACUCGUCAUAAUUUGUCCAUUUCCAUUUCUCAUUGUUAUAUUAUGAUAUACUUUGAAAAAUUUUCAACGUGAUUUUCGUAACGACCAAAUCGUAAAAACUAAAAAUCACGAACCGCAUAACCAAGCUUUAUGAGUUUUUUGAUAAUUUAACUUUUGAAUCGAUUCCAGACAGAUACUUUAAAUGUUAUAUUAUAGAAUAAAUUAGAGAUUUAAUAAUAUUCAAAAAUACCUGUAAUUACAAACAUCAAUCUAUCUCCAAAUUACUACUUGCCGCUAACUAAAGCAAAUAAUCUAAAAAUAAACUAUUCAUAUUAUAUUGUUUUGCAUGUUUUUCAAUUUUUCUAUUGGAGUAUGAUAUACCUACACAUGCUACAGUUAUACAUUCAUAUCAAAUAAAACUACUACUCUUUUAAUUUCAGAGAAAAUUCACUUCAGUAAAUUUAAAUUACUCUUCACACUUAUCUAAACAAUGGCAUGGUGUAACAACGGUUACAAAUCUUCACUUAAUUAUCAUGUCCGUUGCAUUUAUAUAUUUCCUAUACACAUAAAAAUUGUUAAUGCGUUUAAUGAUCAAAUAUUAUGUUUUGGACCGCAAAGCGUUUUUAAUUUGUGUAAAGGGCCCUCUACUAAAAAGUUUUGAGACCUUUGAUCUCUAUAGUCAAUUUAUUGUAUAACAGAAAACAAAUGUUAAAAUUGAUAUUAUUCCUAAAAUCAUGUUCGUAUAUUUUUUACGAAAUUAACAUUUAUCAAACAGGUUAAUUGUUUCAUUUUGAAUUUUCAAUAAGACAAAUAAAAUAUUUUUGGUAGGCGAAAAAUAUAAUAUAACGAACAAACAAAAAUCAAUUAUAUACUAAAUUUGAACUGAAGUACUACACCCGGAAAUACUACGGUCGGUUGUCCAGUCUUCGUGGAAAUGGUAAUAAUAUUAUUAUUAAUAUUGCAAAACCCAAAAGCAAACCAUCGGUUUGGCCGGUGCUUCUCGUCCGGUGAGACUUAAGUCUUGCGACUGACCGCGGUCAGGUUUUGUAUCGCGAUGGGUAGGCGCGUCUCCAGUACCUAUUAUAGUAGCAUGGUAUUUAAACUGUAUACAUAUAUCGAUAUUAUAUUGUAAUAUUAUUUUCGUAUCGUGAGUAAAAAACAAAUUGUUUCAGCUGUAGCACAAUUUCUUUUCGUACAAAUCAUUUUCUAUAGUCAUAUAUUGUAUGAUAAUAUUAUUAUUAAGUGUUGUUGUUGUUGUUUGUUUUUUUUUUUUUAUCUCUCUUUCUCUUUCUCUCUCUAUCUCUCUCUCUCUCUCUCUCUCUAUCUAACUCUUCUACGUACCUAUAUAAUAAUAUACCAUAAUACAUACAUAACAAUAAUAUUAUUAAUGUGUCAUACAUUUUGAAAAUGUGACGCGUUUAUCUCCGGACGUCUGUCUGUCUGUCUGUCUGCAUAUCAUAUUAUAAUAUUGUUAUCAUAUCAUUGUACGCGACGAUAAUACGCUCGCGCAUACCUAUACAACAUAAUUAAUGAUUGUCACCGCCGCCGUACAACGUGUAAUGUUAAGACUAUCGUUAUCAUAUUAUUAUUAUUGUUAUCAAUAUAAGGACGCGGCCGGACUGCGGGCACACUGCGAUCCCUUCCCGAGAGAAAUCGAUGGUUUUCGGAUCGUCUCCUGGCCGAUCACCUCGAGCGAUAUUUUAUUUGGUCGCGCGUCCCGCCGCCUCGCCGCGCCGGUCGACUGCGCAGUCAUCAUAAUUAUUGUAAUAAUAUUAUAUUAUUUUAAGAUAGUACUAUCGUAAUAAUAAUAAUAUUAUUAUUAUUAUUAUUAUUAUUACUAUACCGUUCUGGUCCCGGGCACUUUUUGGCCGGGCCGAACACGUUUUAAGAUAUAGAUUUUUUUGGAUUUUCCUAUAGCGUCAUCACUACGAUACUGUUAUUUUUGUUAAAGAUUUGUUUAAAAUAUAAAAAAAAAAUAUAGA